AACAAAAACAAAGUCGAGGUGAGAGUUGGUGACAUAGCCCAGCGACACGUCUACCACACGGAAGAAGGUGCCCAUCGGACCUGCCACGGAAGUGCUGACUGAGGAGCCGUUGUCUUAUCAAAAUGGGUGGUUUCUUCUCUAAUCUCUUCUCUGGCCUGUUCGGCACAAGGGAGAUGAGGAUCCUGAUCCUUGGUUUGGACGGUGCAGGAAAAACGACCAUUCUGUACCGGUUGCAGGUUGGAGAAGUGGUUACCACAAUUCCCACAAUCGGGUUCAAUGUCGAGACAGUCACAUACAAAAACCUGAAGUUCCAGGUGUGGGAUCUGGGAGGACAGACGAGCAUCAGGCCAUACUGGCGUUGUUAUUACUCAAACACAGAUGCAGUUAUCUACGUUGUUGACAGCAGCGACCGCGACAGGAUGGGCAUCUCCAAGUCUGAGUUGGUUGCCAUGUUGGAGGAGGAGGAGCUGAAGAAAGCCAUCCUGUUGGUAUUUGCGAAUAAACAGGAUAUGGACCAGGCAAUGACGCCCGCUGAGGUGGCCAACUCUUUGGGGCUUCCCGCCCUCAAAGACAGAAAAUGGCAGAUCUUCAAGACCUCGGCCACAAAGGGCACGGGCCUCGAUGAGGCAAUGGAAUGGUUGGUGGAGACGUUGAAGAGUCGGCAGUAAAGACUUCCACCCUUUCUGUAAAUACUCGUGACCUCUGACCUUUCAUCCCACUUUCCACUGGAAUCCCCAAUUGCACUCCUCCCCUCCGCCUUGGCCGAGCCCUCCCAAUUACUAACGCCUUUCAAGUGUGGGACCUCCAAGUGACGGCUGCAGUAACGUCUGGACUGGGCACACGCUCCCAAUGCUGAUGGGACGAGUGGGGGUUUAAAAGAGCUGGACAAGUUUGAAUCCACAAUUUUCCUUUUGUAAAUGCAAAGAAAAUCCCCAACACACAAGUUGUCAUGGCUUACGGGGAAGCUCCUUUAAAGCCCGUCUACACUAGUGGUUGAAACCGUGCAUCAGCCAACUCCACCAACUCCCAUAACGCAGCCAGAAGAUGACGAGCACCCAUGUGUGUGCAGUGCCGUAAUGAUCCACCGACAUCAGUCCAGCUACUCAAGAUGAAGACGCAUCAUCACUGGGGAGAGACUGCUUGAUUGCCAACUAAAUACAAAAUGUCUGGGCUUGUAGAAAAUGUUCCAAAUACUGCAAAUUUGACUGCCAUCUCAGGGGGGAAAAAAAAGGAAGUAAUGGUCACCCAACCAAGCGUUACUGCAGCCUGGGCAGGUUUUGUACUAUAUUGUUAGGCAGAUACAAUGUCAUGGUUGGUUUAUUUUGUGUUCUUUUAAAAAAAAAAAGUUAAAGCCCUUUUGCAUUGGAAUUUUUGAAUGCAUUUUUCGCAUAUUAGUACUAGUUACUGAACACUAACAUUAUGCUCAAAGUUUUACGGUUGCAUAUUUAUAUCUGCUUGUACAGUGAAAAUGAUUCUCAGUAAAGAGUGCUGUCCGUGAUUGUA